AAGACUCACUCAAAGCAAAAACAAGCCACAUAGUCAUACUCACCACGAACCGAAACAUCUACCCAAUGUCAAUCCCUCCCAAGAAACCUACCAAUCAACAGGAUCCAUCAUGGAAACGCUCGAAAGGGUUCAGGAUUGGGAAGAAUAAACCUGGAGUAUCUCAAUCGGUUUACCUUGGGAAAGCCGAAAAGAUCAAAAAGACAUUGAUUCACAAGGCCAAGUUGAAGAAACAACGCGCAAAGGAACUCGCUAAGGCAGGCUAUGACACCACCACCUCGGGUCCAGCCCCAGAAAGUCCAACGGAUAAUCAUCAAGAGGAUCAACCUUCGGGGCGGACUGAUAGUCGGAGAACCCAACCGGGACCAUCGGACUCUCGAAGGCCUAAAAAUUCUCACCAAGAACGUCCCAAAGACUCGUCACAUCCUUCAACUACAAAGUCCCAAAAUUCGUCGAAUCAACAUGAUCGACAUCAUCCGAAAUCCUCUGCAAGAGCUCAACAGAACCAUCACCCAUCAUCGAGCGAGUUGAAAGCAAGCCUGAAAGAAUCGACUACUAAAACCCGAGAUCCUCAGCAGUCCAAUCAUCAUCUCAAGACUCCGAAUAGGCCCGCAAGAGCUAAGAUCCAACACGCUAAUGGGCAGCCCAAACUCUCACAUCGUGUAUCUAAGAUCUUGAGCAAAUUGGAACAUGAGAAGGAAGAAGAUCAAUCCCGUCUAUCAUCAUUCUGACCUUCAUGAACGCCCGUCUUUCAUAUUCCUGAAUGUAAUAUUAGUAUCUAUCAAGUUGCCGGCUGUUUCUGCCUGGAUAGUACUUGCGUGCUCGUGUAUCAGCUAUCUCGGAAGAAAAACAUCUUGUGAACUAC